AUAACAAAAAACCAUAUGAUAUGAUUUUAUCUUAUCUUAUCCUAUCACCAUAUUUCAUAUUAUAUCAAAAAUAACAUCUUUCCCCCUUGUUUUUCUUCCCUUAGUUUCAUAAACUCAGCUCAAACCCAGCAAAAAAAACUGUAUGAUCCUACGAAAAUGUCGCGAAUUGAGACUGAAGAAUUGAAGAUUGCAAGGAGGAGACUUGCAAAUGUAGCCAACCAUGUUAACCCAGAAAUAGUAACACACUCAAAAUCCCAUCAACUUUAUGGUUGUUCCAUUUCUUUGUCAGCAACUUCUAUGAAUGACAACUACCACAAGGUUCAUGGUCAGGUUUCGACUGAUCCUGUCGUCUGGAAAGCUGCUACUGAUGAUUCUGGUGAUGAUUUCAUUGAUAUUAUUUACGAAAAAGCCGUUGGUGAAGCCAUUGCUAAGAUUACGAUAAACAGGCCAGAAAGAAGAAAUGCUUUUAGGCCGGAAACAAUUAAGGAGCUUAUUCGAGCAUUUGACGAUGCAAGGGAUGAUAGUUCAAUUGGUGUUAUUAUUCUAACUGGCAAGGGGACCAAGGCAUUUUGCAGUGGCGGAGAUCAGGCAAUUAGAGGGAAGGAUGGCUAUAUUGACUCAAAAAAAAUUGGCCGUCUUAAUGUUUUGGACUUGCAGGUCCAAAUUAGGCGGCUUCCAAAACCAGUUAUAGCAAUGGUUGCUGGUUAUGCUGUUGGAGGAGGACAUAUUCUGCACAUGGUAUGCGAUUUAACUAUUGCUGCUGAUAAUGCCAUUUUCGGGCAGACAGGUCCAAAGGUAGGCAGUUUUGAUGCGGGUUAUGGAAGUUCUAUCAUGUCUCGUUUGAUUGGACCCAAAAAGGCGCGUGAAAUGUGGUUUCUUACCAGGUUUUACCCAGCAGCUGAGGCAGAAAGAAUGGGACUUGUCAACACAGUUGUACCUUUGGAGAGUUUGGAGCAAGAGACAAUAAAAUGGUGUCGCGAGAUCUUAAGAAAUAGUCCUACUGCAAUUCGAGUACUCAAAUCAGCUAUCAAUGCAGUUGAUGAUGGUCAUGCAGGACUUCAGCAAAUUGGAGGAGAUGCAACGCUCUUAUUCUAUGGAACGGAAGAAGGUAACGAAGGGAAGACAGCAUACAAUGAAAGAAGGCGGCCUGAGUUCUCCAAGUUUCCUCGUCGACCAUGAUGGAUGCUUGAUUCUAUUUUCUUCCUAGAAGGACAUACACUCCAUGGUUUUUUGGAAUGGAUUUUCCUAUUGGUUGUACAAGUAUUGAUUAGUAAAAUUUGGUGGACUUGUAAUUGUAUUUAGAAUGAAACUCAUUUCAUGAAAGCAAGCUCCUUGAAUUACUUGAUAUGUUUGAUCUUUGAGAUAUUGUUAAUUGUAUUUAGAAUGAAACUCAUUUCCUAAUUGAUUUUCAUUGUUAACUA